CGAUGGGGAGCACGGAAAGCUGUGAGAGCCGCAGGGUUUCCUUCGGAAUGGACGAAGAGGAGCGGGUCCGGGUGCUGCAGGGCAUCCGGCUGUCUGAAAAUGUGGUUAACCGCAUGAAGGACCCGAGCCAGCCUUCUGAAGUGCAGCGGCCCUCCCCUCCACCGGCGGCUUCUCUCCCUUCCUCAUUUGGCCCUCAAGAAGGCAACUCGAAAGCCCCUCAGAAAGAAUCCAAACUGUCCCAGUUGGAGAACAAUGGCAGCCAGCAUCUCUCAGGGACAAAGGAGGAUCCCAAGAGGUACAAACAGGAGCAUGUCACAGUCCAGGAUGAACUGUUGCAAGUGGCCAAGAGGGAAAGAGAAUCUGCCACCAAGCACUCAAAGGCAUCUGUGCCUCACGGGGAGGGCAGCUUCGAGCCUGAGAAGCAGCAGUCGGCUCAUUUGGCCAGGGAGCUGGAGAGCCGAGAAGCAGAGCUAAGACGCCGGGAUGCCGUCUGCAAGGAGCAGCUGGGGCGCAUUGAGAGGAAGAAUGCUGAGAUGUAUAAACUGUCUUCACAGCAAUUCCACGAGGCAGCUUCAAAAAUGGAGAGCACAAUAAAGCCGCGCAAGGUGGAGCCAGUGUGCUCGGGCCUACAGGCCCAGAUCCUCCGCUGCUACCGAGACCACCUGCAUGAGGUACUGCUGUGCUCAGACCUGGUCAAGGCAUACCAGCACUGUGUGAGUGCUGCCCGCAAGGGCUGAGGAGCAGCCACCAUGCCUGGCCCUGGCAGUGCUUGGAGCCCUGAAGAAAGGACCAAUCAUGGGGCCACAGUCCACAGAGGCCUAGGCCCCUGUGCCCUGCCAUCUCCUGCUGGGCACCUACUAUGCCUCUGAGUUGGAGCUGCCGUGCACUUG